AUGGGGCAAGCCGAGGCGGAAGCGUCCAAGGUGGCACUGUUGGCCCAAGACAACGUCAUCGCGAGUGCUCGCCACACGAUCGCCAAUCUCAGUGCCGACCUGCACUCAGUGCUCGUCGACACCUGCGCCGAGAUCCAGAACGAGCUCGCACGGGCCGCCACAGUGACGCAGGGGUGCAUGCUGGUCAUUGACGACGGCGUCAAGCACGAGGCGCGUGCGGCCGCCCACAUCAACGGCAAGGCGUCGGCCUGA